UUUUCUCCAUCUAAGGGUUUUCUCUGGAACCCCUCACCGCCGAUUCUCCGAUCAAAUCCCGCCACCGAUCGCCGUCGGUAACUCUCACGACUCCGCCUUCCGUUGAUUCGGAAGGCGAAGAGUGCUGCCGCUCAACAAAUGGAAGAAACUGUUGAUGCACCAGUAGUUAUUGAUCCUCCAUGGGCAGCAAGGUUCACUUGGACAAUAGAGAAUUUCUCAAAAGUGACUGCCAAAAAGUUGUACUCUGAUGCUUUCUUCAUUGGGGGGUAUAACUGGCGACUGCUCGUUUUUCCAAAAGGAAACACCACGGACCAUUUGUCAAUGUAUCUUGAUGCUGCUGAUUCCAUUUCAUUGCCACAUGGUUGGGAGACCUAUGCUCAGUUUAGCGUAUCUGUGGUUAAUCGAACUCAUAGCGAAUCCACCAUUCGAAAAGACUCCCAGCAUCGGUUCAAUGCACUAGAAAGUGAUUGGGGUUUCACGUCUUUUAUGCCUCUUAGUGACCUAUAUGACCCCAGUAAAGGAUAUCUUCUAAAUGAUACAUUCAUAGUUGAAGCUGAUGUGGUAGUCAAGAAAAUCCUGUAUAACUGAAGCUGAUGUGGCAGGCCAGAAUGUUGUUGAUGACUAGUUAAACAGGUGGUGGACUAAUCAUGAAAAUGUCAUGAGAUUGUAUGGAUCCGUACGGAAUGCUAAAAUAAAGUUAUUCUAAAUAGAGGUGUACAAUCUGGGUUUUUUUUUUUUU